AAGCUUCUGAAAGGGGAUCCAAAACCUCAAUGGAUCAUCAUCAGGCAGGACUAGGAGAGAGGCUAAGACUCUUUUGGUCAAUCUUUACUCACGCCGUUCUCCUCUCCUGCAUGGGUUCACACCUCUCAUCCGCCACACCCUGGAAACCACUCGGAUCUCCUGGCUUUGCUCACCUUCAAGGAUGGGAUAACUCAAGACCCACUUCGCAUCAUGAACUCUUGGAAUGAUUCUCUCCAUUUCUGUAAAUGGACCGGAGUGACAUGCAACCCGGCAACCGAAAGAGUUACUGUUCUCAACUUAGAAUCUCAAAGGUUGGUUGGAUCUCUGUCUUCUUCUAUUGGAAAUCUUACUUUCCUUUCUUCAAUCAACCUUCAAAAUAACAGCUUCCAUGGCGAGAUUCCUCAAGAAAUCGGUCGUUUGAGACGCUUACAACAUCUCAGACUGACGUCCAAUUCCAUAGGAGGCAAGAUUCCUUCCAAUCUCACUCACUGCACGGACCUCAGAACCCUUAAUUUAUCUAUAAACAACAUCAUAGGGCAAAUCCCAGACCAGCUUAGUUCACUCUCCAAGAUACAAAAUCUCGGCCUCGGAGGUAAUUUUCUCACGGGAAGCAUCCCACCGUGGAUAGGGAAUCUUUCAUCUCUAUACCUUCUCAGUCUUGCACAAAAUAGUUUCCAAGGAAGCAUCCCUCAUGACCUUGGACGACUUUGUUGCUUGGGAAAAUUUUCAGUCUACGGUAAUGAGCUCACGGGUGAGAUCCCAUCGUCACUUUACAAUAUCUCCUCCAUUUAUUACUUCUCAGUCACACAAAACCGUUUGCAGGGUAGCCUUCCCAUCGAUGUAGGCCUCACUCUCCCUAAUCUUGAGGUAUUUGCUGGGGGUGUAAAUAAUCUUACCGGAUCCAUUCCUAUGUCAUUGUCAAAUGCUUCUGAGCUUGAGAUACUUGAUUUCGCCGAGAACCAUAUUACUGGUCCUGUGCCUGUGAGUCUAGGGAGCUUAAAGCACUUAAGUAGACUUAAUUUCGAUGAUAAUCAUCUUGGAAGUGGCAAAUCUGGUAACCUGAACUUCCUUACAUUUUUGACUAAUUGUACGAAUCUACGAAUAUUGGGUAUAGGUUACAAUCGUCUAGGUGACGAAUUGCCCAAUUCCAUAUCCAAUCUCUCGACUCAGCUCAGCAUAUUCACUAUGGGUUCAAACAUGAUACAUGGAAGCAUUCCUGUGGGGAUCGGUAACCUUGUCAGUUUGACAUUACUUGGCAUGGAAGAGAAUAUGUUCACUGGUAGUAUCCCUGCAGCCUUGGGGAAACUUAAGAAAUUACAGAAAUUGUAUUUGAACUAUAACAGAUUGUCAGGUCUAAUUCCUUCCUCUAUAGGCAACUUGACCCAAUUGAUUGCAGUGUUCAUGGAGGAGAAUAACUUAGAAGGAAAGAUACCUGCUAGUCUUGGAAAUUGUCAAAAUUUGCUGCAAUUGAACCUCUCUUUUAAUAACCUAAGUGGUACCAUACCAAAAGAAGUUAUAGGUAUUUCUUCCUUUUCCAUUUCAUUUGCAGUGGCGCAUAACUCUUUGAGUGGUUCUUUACCAGUAGAAGUAGGUAACUUGAAAAAUCUCAUGGAGUUGGAAGUCUCUGAGAACAAUUUUUCAGGUGAAAUACCGAAUGCACUUGGCAGUUGUGUUAGCUUGGAACACCUAUACAUGGCCGGUAAUUCCUUCCAAGGAUCAUUCCCUAUCUCCUUUGAGGCUUUAAGAGCACUACAAGAAUUGGAUCUUUCACGCAAUAAGCUAUCCGGGGUGAUUCCACAAUAUCUUGAGUAUUUCUCAUCCUUGAAGAUACUCAAUCUCUCUUUCAAUGAUUUCGAAGGACAAGUACCAAAACUGGGGCUCUUUGCUAAUGCAAAUGCAAUUUCAGUUGUUGGAAACAGGGGUCUUUGUGGUGGUAUACCAAAACUACAAUUGCCCAUAUGCUCCAAAGAAGCCCCUAAUAGAGGAGGGAAGGUUUCUACAUCAAGUAUAAUAAUCAUAAUUUCCAUUGUGGUUUCAACGAUUGUUGUCAUUUCAUGUUUCGUUACUAUCUUCUCUUGGAUGAGACGCCCACGGAAGAGAGCUUUAGCAGCAUCUUCUUCUAAUGAUUGGCAAUUACAUAUCUCUUACUCGGAGCUAUUUAGAUCAACUAAUGGAUUCUCAGAGGAUAAUUUGGUUGGUCUUGGUAGCUUUGGUUCUGUGUAUAAAGCAGUUCUACAAGAAAGUGAAGCAGUUGUUGCUGUGAAGGUAUUGAACCUUCAGCAACGAGGAGCUUCUAAAAGUUUUGCAGCUGAAUGCGAGACCUUGAAAAACAUUCGGCAUCGAAAUCUUCUCAAGAUAUUGACAGUCUGCUCAAAUAUAGAUUUUGAAAGGAAGGAAUUCAAUGCUCUAGUUUACGAGUUCAUGCCCAAUGGGAAUCUCGACGAAUGGUUGCAUCCAAGAAUUGCUCAGAUCAAGCCUCUAAACCUUAUUCAGAGAUUAAACAUAGCGAUCGAUGUAGCUGCUGCCUUGGAAUAUCUCCAUUUUGAUUGCGAAAUACCAAUCAUUCAUUGUGAUCUAAAGCCAAGCAAUGUGCUUCUUGACAAAGAUAUGACUGCCCAUGUUGGUGAUUUUGGACUUUCACAAUUUCUUUCUGAAAAAUCCAAUAUUUCCUGCAACAAUCAAAGCAUAUCAAUUGGGAUAAAAGGAUCUAUUGGGUAUGUUCCACCAGAGUAUGGUAUGGGUGCCCAAGUGUCCAUACUUGGUGAUAUAUACAGCUAUGGAAUCCUGUUACUGGAGAUGUUUACAGGCAAAAGUCCAACUGAUGAUACGUUUAAAGAUGGUCAAAGCCUCCAUGAAUUUGCUGCAGCAGCGUUGCCUGGACAAGUGAUAGAGAUUGCAGAUCCUCAGUUGUUCUUGGAAGAAGAGGGACUGAAAGAAGAGGAUGGUAGAAUAGAAAUAGACGAAUUUCCUAAAAUCCAUAACAGCAAUGCUGGAGAAAUAAUCACUGAAAGCUUGAUUUCAAUCAUUCAAAUUGGCCUCUCAUGUUCUGUUCUAUCACCGAGAAAUCGGAUUACAAUGAAGGAGGUCAGACACAAGUUGCAUCCUAUUAGAGAUUCGAUUCUUUGGUUCGAACAUCAAAAUUGAAACAAAUGGAAGAUGUAGAAUUAUAUUGUGACAUACAAAAGAAAGAUUAAAAG